GUUGUUGUUUCUUGCUGUUUAAUAUAUAAAUAUAUACUGUAGUGGAAAUAUAGAACUAAUAGACUAAUCAAUUAACACAUGAGCAUGGGUGAAAAAGGCGUUUAAAUGACAAAUAUAUUGAGUACAAGGGUAAGUAGACUAAGGGAGCAAUUUCGUCAGCAGAGCACAGCGACAUUUUUUUUUUUUUUUUUUUUUUUUUUCCUUCCUCGGACUCGGGCUAGGACUGGGGCUAAAAAGAUCAAUGAUUCACACAAAAAACAAUUUUCAAUCAAGGUUCUCUUAUGGCUGGAUGUUUGGGUCGGGUACUUUUUUCUUUUGAUUGAGUGUAGUCUAUUUAGUGGUUCCUGUGUAGACAAAGGUCCAUAGCAAAUAAAGAAGGAGAGAGAGAGGAAGGAAAAGAAAGGAGGAAAAAAA